UGGCGGCCGCGGAACAAACAAAAACCAGCAGCCAGCAGCGGACCCGGGGCACCUCGACCAGCAGCGUGGUGCCCUCGGUUCCCCCAGCAUGGCCCCCUCGGCCUGGGCCAUCUGCUGCCUCCUGGGGGGCCUCCUGCUCCACGGGGGCAGCCCCACCCCUGGCCCCAGCGUGCCCCGCCUGCGGCUCUCCUACCGAGAUCUCCUGUCUGCCAACCGUUCAGCUGUCUUUCUGGGUCCCCGGGGCUCUCUGGAUCUUCGAGCCAUGUAUCUGGAUGAGUACCGGGACCGCCUUUUUCUGGGGGGCCGUGAUGCCAUCUACUCUCUGCGGCUAGACCAGUCGUGGCCGGAUCCCCGGGAGGUCCAGUGGCCACCGCAGCCAGGACAGAAGGAGGAGUGUGUUAGCAAGGGAAGAGAUCCUUUGGUGGAGUGUGCCAACUUCGUACGGGUGUUGCAGCCCCACAACAGGACCCACCUGCUGGCGUGCGGCACUGGGGCCUUUCAGCCCACCUGUGCCCUCAUCACGGUCGGGCACCGUGGGGAGCAUGUGCUCCACCUUGAGCCCAGCAGUGUGGAAAGUGGGCGGGGGCGGUGCCCGCAUGAGCCCAGCAGUCCCUUCGCCAGCACCUCUGUAGGUGGGGAGCUGUACACAGGCCUCACGGCUGACUUCCUGGGGCGCGAGGCCAUGAUCUUCCGGAGUGGGGGUCCCCGGCCAGCUUUGCGUUCUGACUCUGACCAGAACCUCCUACACGACCCGCGGUUUGUGAUGGCCGCCCGGAUUGCUGACAACUCUGACCAGGAUGAUGACAAGGUGUACUUCUUCUUCUCGGAAACUGUGCCCUCACCCGAUGGUGGCCCAGGCCGUGUCACCGUCAGCCGCGUCGGCCGUGUCUGCGUGAAUGACCUCGGUGGCCAGCGCGUGCUGGUGAGCAAAUGGAGCACUUUCCUCAAGGCCAGGCUGGUGUGCUCGGUGCCUGGCCCUGGUGGUGCCGAGACCCACUUUGACCAGCUGGAGGAUGUGUUCCUGCUGUGGCCCAGCGCAGGGAAGAACCUCGAGGUGUAUGCUCUGUUUAGCACGGUCAGUGCCGUGUUCCAGGGAUUCGCCGUCUGCGUGUACCACAUGGAGGAUAUCUGGGAGGUCUUCAAAGGGCCCUUUGCCCACCAAGAUGGUCCCCAACACCAGUGGGGACCCUAUGGGGGCAAGGUGCCCUUCCCUCGGCCUGGAGUGUGCCCCAGCAAGAUGACAGCACAGCCAGGACGACCCUUUGGCAGCACCAAGAACUACCCAGACGAGGUGCUGCAAUUUGCCCGAGCCCACCCACUUAUGUUCUGGCCCGUGCGGCCACGGCGGGGCCGCCCCGUGCUUGUCAAAACGCAUCUGGCCCAGCAGUUGCACCAGAUCGUGGUGGACCGCGUGGAGGCAGAGGAUGGGACCUACGACGUCAUCUUCCUGGGGACUGACUCAGGCUCCGUGCUCAAGGUCAUUGCUCUCCAGGGUGGGGGCUCCACUGAGUCCGAGGAGGUGGUCUUGGAGGAGCUCCAGGUGUUUAAGGUGCCAACACCCAUCACCGAGAUGGAGAUCUCUGUCAAAAGGCAAACGCUGUACGUGGGCUCGAGGCUAGGCGUGGCCCGGCUGCGGCUGCACCAGUGUGAAACUUACGGCAGUGCCUGUGCUGAGUGCUGCCUGGCCCGAGACCCAUACUGUGCCUGGGACGGUGCCUCCUGUGCCCGCUACCGGCCCGGCCCUGGCAAGCGCCGGUUCCGCAGGCAGGACAUCCGGCACGGCAACCCUGCCCUGCAGUGUCUGGCUGAGAGCCAGGAAGAGGAGGCUGCAGGCUCCGCAGCAGCCACCACGGUCUAUGGCACAGAGCACAACAGCACCUUCCUGGAGUGCCUGCCCAAGUCUUCCCAGGCGGCCGUGCACUGGUUCGUGCAGAGGCCAGGGGGCCAGGGGCCUGACCAGGUCAAGACAGAUGAGCGAGUCCUGCAGACAGAGCAGGGGCUGCUGUUCCGCAGACUCAGCCACCUGGACGCCGGCAUCUACACCUGCAAGACACUGGAGCACGGCUUCUCCCAGACCGUGGUCCGCCUGGCUCUGGAGGUGAUCGCGGCCUCGCAGCUCCCCAGCCUGUUUCCCCGGGAGCUGAGGCCGGAGGAGCCCCCAUCGCGGGGAAGCCUGGCCUCUGCCCCGCCCAAGGCCUGGUAUAAGGACAUCCUGCAGCUCAUCGGCUUCGCCAACCUGCCGCGGGUGGACGAGUACUGCGAGCGCGUGUGGUGCUCCUCCAGGAGCCGGGGCAAACAGGCCAAGGGCAAGAGCUGGCCAGGGCCGGAGCUGGGCAAGAAGGUGAAGAGCCGGGUGCAGGCCGAGCGCAAUCGGACGCCCCGGGAGGUAGAGGCCGCAUAGAAGAGCAUGGAGCAGAGGGUGGUCGGGAGGGACCGGGUGGCCGAGCAGCCCCCAGAGUCUCCCACUCACCCGGGGAGGGCAGAGGGGGGCCUGCAUGCCCAACUGCCUCUUAGAGAUAGAGGAGUCUCUGCCCCCCGUAAUUCUACCAGGCUGCCCCCAGGAAAGGCUGGGGCCCGAUGGAGGCUCCCCGUGUCCGAGGCCUGUUCCCUGCCCCUCUGUGCUCCCAGUCCUAGCUGGAGCCAGCCUCCCUCUGGCUGCUGCCAGCCCCCGUGGGCCUGCUGUUUGUUCUCAGAUAUGGCCCCAGAGCACAUUUCCGGUUGUGCCCGGUGGUGAGAGGGCUGGGUGGGUCUUUCCCAGCAGGCAGAACAAUGGCCAUUCUGAGUGACCCUUGGAGUGGUUGUGUGGGUGUGUCCGAGGAGGUGCCUGGGUGGGGGGCCCUUAGGCAGCAGGAGGAAGAUGGAAGUUGCCUCCCAGGUAGCACCCGUUAAGGGCACCUGAUGUGAUUUGGUGAAACAGUGAGACCCUCCCCCCACUUUGUGACCUGAUAUCCUGGUGGCUCCCUGCCGCUGUCCACCACUUCUUCUCCCUCACAGAAUCCUAGAAGCAUGGACAGCCAGAGGUCCCUGGCACCCGGGGGUGGUGGUGGUGGUGGUCUGGGCCUCAGGCCCUACUUCGUAAGCCCAGCGGUGUCUCACAGCCUGACUUGCCUUCCCCAGACCCCACGCUGUCAGGCCAGGUUCCCUGCAAUGCCCAGAGCUCCUGACGGGAUUCUCCCUUCCCACCAUCAGGGGCUCCGGACUGAUGAGCAGGGAGAGGGUGGGUUGUGGGGGAAUGUCAUCCUCCGUUCUGUGGACUAGAGCUGGGGAGAGGGGAGCUGGGGAAGUGUGGGGCAGGAGGAGGGGGCUGUCUCUCACCAGGCAGUGCAAACAUGCCCAUAGCUGGGGAGGGCGGGAACCUGCCGCUGGAUGGGAGGACCAGGUGCGGGGCUUUGUCAUCGAGGGUUGGGAAGCCUCUGGGAUGGGGAAAGGGUGAGAGACGCGAGGAUGGGCUAGGGGACCCCAGAGCAGGCAUUCUCAAGAACCCAAGAUGGUGUCAGUUAGCUCAGGAGCCACAGGAAAACCAGAUGUCUCCCACCCUGGAAUCUUUGGUUUCUACUAAGCCGGGUUGGUGGUGAAUGUUUUCAUUUAUGAAGACUUUUCUCUUUCAAGGGGGAAAAAAAAAAAAACGGAGGGCAAAAGCCUGCUAAAUCCUACUGGUUCUUGAGGGUGAGGUGCAGGUGGCCAGGAUGCAUUCGGUCUGAGGGUGUAGGGGUGUUUUUGCCAUACUCAGUGAUGUGUUUCUUGGGCUGGGGAGGACAGAGGAGAGGAGGAGGAGGACUGAAUGAAAAGUCUGUCCCAACCUGCAUAUGAGCAGGUUUAGUGACGCACAAAACCGACAGGAGGGGGACAAGAGCAUCAAGUUCGAGACUCCCCCCAUGAAAACAACCAAGAUGAAGAAAGGAAAAAACACCAGAUAAAAAGCAGGACAGGGCUUCCUGCUCCGUUGAACUCAAACCCAGACUGUGCAUCUGUGCCUUGGGUUUUACGUGAGUCGCCCCAUCACCUCCAGAGAACUGGGAUCCGAAAUAGGCCGCCCUUCCUCUUUGACUUCACAGACAGUGAACCAGAGGCACUGAGAUUGACCCAACACCCCCUUGGGAUGCCUCGGGCCUGGGGUUUCUGUGGCUGGGAGGCCUGCAGGUAAAAGCAGAGGGGGGGAGGACUGUGGGGAGGAGGGAGGGAGAAGGGAGCAGAGGGAGAGGCAGAGCCAUGCAAGAGGGGCGGGAAAGAAGACAGAGCCCCAGGAAUUGUGGUGCACAGAGCUGCAGGCCCACUAUCCCAGCGAAGCAAGGAAGAAAUGGCCAGACUUUCCGUGGCCUCUAGGCUAGACCCAGGCAUGGGCUGCUCCAGGCAGAGUUCUCUGGGGGAAGUUACUCUGGAAAAUGGAAGAGGAGCUCCCAAUCCUGAACAAGGAACACCUGCACUUAGAAAAUUAUGGACAGCUUUUGCCAACUCCCCACACCUCCCACCCAUGAGGUACUGUGUGUGAUUAACUCCUGGAAAUGCCUCUAUGUGUGAAUUCUAUUUUUAUAUUCAUAUGUCGAGAUCGGCCUUGUGGUUUCUCUGUCUGCAGAGCACCUUCUCCUAAUUACUAUCGUUAUUUUUAUUGUCAUGACCACCUCUGUGCUCUGAUGAGGAUACAUGGUGGUCUACCACACAGACCCACAAGGAAAGCGAUGGAGUGAAUAUAUCACAUAAUUAUAUCAUUA